UCACGUUUCUUUAUUAUUGUGCAGAUGUCUGAAUCGAAUGCUACUCACGUCUUCAUCCGUAAUCCUACAUCUGGUAAAUAUAGCUGCGAGGUUUCAGCCGAUGCUCCAUCUUUUGAUACAUUCUUUGUGUCCGGCGAGAUGGAAGUUGUAGAACUGCCCACACAACGUCCCGUCGUAACAGGUAUUCAUUCACGCUAUCGCCUUGGGGACAUUAUCAACGGCAACUGCUCGUCGGAUUUCUCCAAGCCAGCAGCGAACUUGACAUGGUGGAUCAAUGAUAUACAG